AUAGAUAGAAGACCGCCAGGUCGUAACAUUAUGACAUUAUGAAUAAACUGCAGUAUUAUUGUUUUGCACGAACUCAGAAUUUAUCAUUGAAAACCGUGACUGAAAGUUAACUACGACAGUGACAACAAUAACUGCACUCUAUUACGUGGUGGUCACUAUUCGGGUUACUUAAAAUCCGCACACGAAGUGUUUAACUUCUGCAGACAUCUGUCGCAAAGCAUCCUGUCGGGCACACCCUUCGCUAAUAUUAUUUAUUAGUUUUCUUUCUUGCUGAUAAUCUCAUAAAAUAUCUGUGAAAAUAUCAACAGGAAAUUAUUGAAAAGAAAAAGAAAAAUAUGUCAACUAUUUCACGAUUAUUUUGUGAAUAGAAGUUCAUUUAUCUCUUAAUGUGGGGAAAUUAAUUGAACAAUAUGGGAUUGUCAUUCAUCCGCAAUGACCACCGCCUUUAUAUAAUGAAGUGCAGUUGCUCUGUUACAGCAGUUGAGAGAGGAUUUUGAAACUAACUUGACGUCAACAAGAGAAAGAUGUCGUUAAAGUGUGCAAUUUCCUGCCUGCUGUUAUUUGCUAUCAUCACAGCAGUGAACUCUGACAUGUUCUCUCAAAAUCCCCGUGGUUCCAAUAACAGACUCAAUGAAAACACAGCCCAACGCAAAGAAGCAAACCGUUUGUUUGACUCUCAGAACAACAACAAAGGUGGUUACAAUGUUGGUGAUGCCACAAACAAUGCAGCAAAGAAGAUCGAAGAUCAAUAUCAAAUGAAAUACUUCCAGAGUGCUUCCAUAUCAAGAACGGAUCCAAAGAAAGGCAACACCUUUCUGAAACUGGAAUGGGUCAACCAGCAUGGUUGUGGCGUAGAUGAUGAGAUGGACCCAAACAAGAAGCGGUGUAAUUUGGUCCUGCAGUACAUGUGUCAGAAAAUGAACCCUGAUGAUAAGCUUGACACACUGAGAGAUGGAGUGAACACUAAUAAACAAAAUUUCAAUGAGAAUCAGGCAAAUCCCAAGAAUCAUCAGGAGAGUAAAAAAUUUAAAAAUAUCGUUAAUAUGAACUCUGGCCUUCACGAGAGCUGGGACUGGUAUGACAAAUGUUAUCAACGUGAACGAAAUAAUGGUUUAUUUACUGCUGACCAAAACUUGAAUAAUAAAAAUGGUUAUAAGCGAGCCACUCAAACUCGUCAGAAUGCUGGUGGUGGCAGAAGUGGUUAUGAAUGUCCAGAGGAGAGAGAUUACUAUCCUUACUGGCAUCCAACUCCUUGGCUUGAUAUUGUUGUCUUUGCUCAAAAAUCUAACGAUUGUCAAAGUUACCGUGAUAAAAGCUUCAAUAAGCAUAAUUAUGGAGAAUGUGUAGAGUUUUACCCAGAUAAGUCAAGAAAAUGUACAUCAAGAUGGAACAAUAAAGCAGAUUGUGAGAAAAACAAGAAAACUUGGGUUGAGUUUUCUAGUUACCUUGAGAAAGCACCACAAUAUAAAACUGCUGAAGAAUGCAAGAAUGCUAAAUCAAAAGUCCAUGUGGAACAUUUAUGGGGUCUUCCUUGGGACACCAAAAAUAUCAGCCACAAAGAAUGUUUGGUGCGUGCAGAUGCUCCAGAAUGUCACAAGGCUGCUUAUUCUCGAUACAAUAUCAGUACGGAUGACUAUGACCCUGCCACAACAACAGCUGCACAGAAUGGUAACAAAAAGUCUCCUGUUCUAAAUGACCCUGUCGUUAAUGUUGCUGGUCUGCCCCUUCAACUUGCUAUCAAUACAGCCCAGUUUGGUCGGGUCUUCCAGGACAGAAGUCACAUCUUCUACCUGAUGCCACGGCCUUCGGGUGUGACACAAAACAUCCACAACCUGAACGUCCGAGGUAAACGAGGCAACAUUGUACAAACCUUCUCAGCUGUGGAGUACGACUUUGUACCCAACUCACUAACUAUAAAUUCCGAUGAGCUGGUACACAUCCAGUGGACAGGUAGUAACACACACAAUAACAACAAUGAUGGAAAUGACGGAGAAGGUAAUGCCGGAACUGAUCGCAACAACAUCGUGCAGUCAAAGCGAGCUGGUGUCAGUUACCCUCUGCCUUAUAGCAAUACCACUCUUUGGAAGAACAGUCGAAUAGUUUGGAUAUAUCAUAAAGAAACCAAAAUAAGUCCUAAAGAUCUUGCUCUCAAUUUGGCUUCGUCGGGAUAUUAUACGUGUGUGAACUCAGCGAAAUGCCCCGCUGCCCUUGCAAAUGAGAGUUUGGACAAGAAAGCCAAAAUGAACAAUGUUUUAAACAAUGCCCCUGCUUCAUACAAAGGUGUUUUACUUAGUAUAAAGAAGGGCAACUAUUAUUACUUGUGCAGUCGAAACAACAACUUCACUAACAGGAGCCAGAAGGGGGUCAUUCAUGUGAAAUAACUGAAUGUCUCUUCUCAGUUUACUGCUUGGCAAGAAGGAAUGUUAUCUUCAACGAUUUAAGAGUUCUUGCUAACAUUUGUUUGUUUUGUCUUUAACUUUGAAAUCACACACACACACACAUACACACACACACACACACAACUAGAUAGAUAAAUGGUUUUCUUUUCACUAUGUUCUUUACAACUAACAUACUUUUAGCUAACUCAGCCCUUUUUAUUUUAUAUGUAUUUUCUUGAUAUUUCAAUCAUGAUCACUAUUUGCACAGGUAAGCACACACACACACACACACACAGGUGCACACACACACACACACACACAUAUAUAUAUACAUACACUUAUAAAUGUAUGUGUGCAUGUAUAUCUGUACGUAUUGGUGUCAGUUAUGUUCACAGCAAAAGGUAAAAAAUAGUCAAUACAUUAGACAGAAUUUGUAUAUUUUAUUUGAGGAUAAAUUGAAUCAUUCCUCCAAAUUUCUUGCUGGUGAUUAUACAAAUGAAACUUUUGUAUAAUUUUCAAUAUAAACCUCAGAAUAAUGAUCCGAGAAGCUUGAAAUGCACAGACACACAUACAUGCACAUGCACAUGCACAAUCAUUUCUAAAACACUGACAUAGGCUAUUAUUGCUAUGAUUUAUGGAAAUAACAUUGCUAUUGAUAUGGUACAUGGACAGAGUGCGGAAUGCACUUUUGCUCAAGGACAAGAUGCCGAAAAGACAUACGAAAAUUAAAAUGUAUAUGAUAAUCAUUUUAUUCCUACAAUAUGACCAUUUGACACACUGAAUUGGUCAUUAAACCAUGUAGGUAGGAAUGAGUUUUUGUUAUUAUUAUUAUUGUGUCUAUUCAGCUUUAUGUCUGUUCAGCAUUGUGUCCGUUCGUCUUCUUGGCUUUGGCUUCAGGUCCUUCAGCAAAUGUGCAUUCAGCAUCCUGUCCAAGCAUGAUUGAUACACUUCCUCUAACUGUAAAAUUUCAUAUCAUUGCUAUUAUACCAUUAACAGUAUUAACUUCAAAUGUGUUACUACAAGAGUUCACAUUUUCUUUCUUUUGUCGCUUGCAGUUUAGGAUUGUAUUAGUUAUAUCUACGAGAGGCCAAACAUUUAUAUGCCUAUUUACUACCCUUUGAUCGUAACCAUAGGCUAACUUAGUAUAUAUAUAUAUAUACAUAGUUUCAUGCACCUGAAGAUUGCAUGAAGACACCAGACAUGUUAUAGAAUGUUGUCUGUGUUGUUUUCGUUGUAUGAAACUAUUGGCAGCUCAUGAAAAUAUAUUCUGUGUUCAUUAAAUAAUAGCUAUCUCUCACAUGAUGGAACACCCUUUUUGCAGUUCUUACCUUCACAGUACAGUUUACUAUAUAUAUAUAUAUAUAUAUAUGUAUAUAUUUAUACAUACAUAUGAAUUUAAUUUAUGUGAGACUGUAGCUUCACACGAUCUAUUUUUGAGUCAAAUAUUGGUUCUAACAUCUUUGGUGAACUAAAGGGCUGCUUAAACAAGUCUGCAGUUCAUGUGUAUGAUCACUGUUUACAGCACGCGCACACACGCACACACACAUAUAUGUAUGUAUGUAUAUAUAUAUAUAGAGAGAGAGAGAGAGAGAUAGAGAGACAGACAGACAGACAGACAGACAGAUACAGAUAUAGACAUACAUAUACAUACCUACAAACAUACAUACUUACAUACAUACAUACAUACAUACAUAUAUAUAUGUGCCCGAUUUUAUACACUUCCAACAAAAUAUACAAUUUUACAGCAACUGUAUUGAAUACGUUUGAUUAUAUAUUAUUCUUUGUUCGUAAUUAAAAUAACAAUUGCCUUCCUGGCAUGAAUCUUAA